CCUCGAUCAGGAAUUAAUGUGAAUGCGAUUGCAAAUGACUCGUGAGUACCUCGCCCACACAUCGACUCACCCUCUUCGACUGCAUCAACACCAACAGGAUCGACAUUUCCACAUCAGUCAAGGAAGAGCGAGCUCAGCGCCGCAUCACGGACCUUGCUGAGCUGCAAAGCGCCCAAGUUCUUGCGAAUCGCGAGCGCCAAGACCAAACCGGCGUCUCGAGAUAGUCACACGACUCGAGGGAGGCCCAUCCCUAGCCUCUCGGCCCCCUCACCCAACCCAAAAGCCUCCUCUGUACUUGACAAGAUGGAAGCGCUCUCUUCGACCUUGUCGAAGCUGUCCAUCACAGCUCAAGAGUUGACGCACGCCUCUGUCACCUCGCCAUCAGAAUGGGCCACUGCGCUCAAAGACGCGGCGCUGGGCAAGUCCUACGUGGGAACAAAGACGUUGGUGUUCAAGCCCAAAUCGAAAGCUGCGCCUGUGCCUCUGGUCAUAAUCUUCGCAAAAGAGGAUGCGGAAUUCAGCAGCGCAAACGUGGGCAAAGCGAUUGGACACAAGGAGAUGAGGUUGGCUGCUCCUGACGCGCUGCUGCAGUACCUGUCUGCCACAAAGGAUGACGUCUCGCCGCUCUCCUUGUCCAGCACCAACGCUGCAGGAGCCACCUUUCCCGUGCAGCUCGUCGUCGACAGCGCUCUGGUCAGCUCCUCCGAGCCGCUCGCGGUGCACGCCAAAUCGGACAAGGAGAGCCUGCUGAUCUCCUACCAAGGUUUGCGACAAGUCAUCGAAUCGACUGGCGCGGAAGUCAAGGAGCUCGAUCUGGCUUCUCUGGCUGGCUCGCCUGCAGGCGCUCCCGCUGCCAAGUCAACCACCAAGGCCGCCCCAAGCGCAUCUGCUCAAGCGAUCCAACAGGCAAAAGCGGACGCAAAAAUUGCUGACGCCGAGCUCAUCGGUAUCAACGUUCGCAAGGACGGAGACUUUUCGGAAUGGUAUCAGCAGGUGUUGAAAAAGGGAGACAUGCUGGAGUACUACGACGUCAGCGGCUGCUACAUCCUCAAGCCUGCGAGUUACAGCGUCUGGCAAGCCAUUCAAACGUGGUUCGAUGCUGAGAUCAAGAAACUCGGCGUGGAGAAUUGCUACUUCCCCAUGUUCGUCUCUUCUGACGUGCUCGAGAGGGAGAAGGAUCACAUUGAAGGAUUCGCGCCCGAAGUCGCCUGGGUCACAAAAGCGGGGAGUUCAGAUCUCGAGAAGCCGGUCGCCAUUCGCCCCACGUCGGAGACUGUCAUGUAUCCAUACUACGCCAAGUGGAUUCGUAGCCAUCGCGAUCUGCCGCUGAAACUGAAUCAAUGGAACAGCGUCGUGCGAUGGGAGUUUAAGCAUCCUCAGCCAUUCCUGCGCACGCGAGAGUUCUUGUGGCAAGAAGGCCACACAGCGCAUAUGACAUUGGAAGAAGCUGAUGUCGAAGUCAAGCAGAUUCUGGACCUCUAUCGGCGAGUUUACGAAGAGCUGCUCGCCGUCCCCGUCGUGCCUGGUGUCAAGUCAGAGAAGGAGAAAUUUGCAGGCGGCUACUACACCACCACAGUGGAAGGUUUCGUUCCCACCACUGGCCGAGGUAUCCAAGGCGGAACGUCUCACUGCCUGGGCCAAAACUUCUCAAAGAUGUUCAACAUCACCGUCGAAGAUCCCAAGGCUCCUGAUGAAAUUCGUGGCAAGCCAGAAGGCAAGCUGCACGUCUGGCAAAACAGUUGGGGACUGAGCACUAGGACUAUCGGUGUGAUGGUCAUGGUGCAUGGAGACAACCAAGGUUUGGUCAUGCCGCCUCGUGUGGCUCAGAUCCAAGUCAUUGUUGUUCCCGUCGGCAUCACUUCGAAGACCUCGCCCAAGGACAGGGACGUGAUCCUCGACGCUUGUGCAGCGCUCGAGAAGACGCUAAAGUCGAACGGGCUGCGCGCAAAGGCGGAUUUGAGAGACAACUACAACCCAGGCUACAAGUUCGCAGACUGGGAGUUGCGAGGUGUACCGGUGCGGUUGGAGAUUGGACCCAAGGAUCUGGAAAAGCAACAAGUGUUGUCUGUGCGACGAGACAAUGGUGCUAGAGCUGCCAUCCCUUCUUCGGACCUUGUGGCACAAUUACCAAAGCUCCUGGAUCAGAUUCACAAGGAUAUGUUCGACAAGGCGGACAAGGAGUACAGGAGCAGGAGAAAAGUGGUGACGGAUUGGAACGACUUCACAAAGACUUUGAACUCCAAGUGCCACGUUGUCAUUCCGUGGUGCGAGGUGGAAGCUUGCGAGGAUGCCAUCAAGGACCGAAGUGCCAGAAACGCCGAAGAGGGAGCAGAAGUGGAUGAAAGGGCACCUUCGAUGGGCGCCAAAUCCCUCUGCAUUCCCUUUGACCAAGCUCAGUUUGGGGAUGUUGCGGGCAAAAAAUGUCCGCAAUGUGGCAGCGCCGCGAAGCGCUGGACCAUGUUUGGAAGGAGCUACUAGGUGUCGAUGCAGUGCUUGAAGAAUGCUGUGGAGGACAACACGUCACACGCCCCCGUCUUUGUUUGAAAGCCAUGAAUGCACGCACACGUGCUCGUACUCGUGCAGAUGCGGGUGCAAAUGUGCGAGACUAUACGCUCGCUCCCUCCACUUGAGCUUUGGGCAGUCCGCAGUGCCACACGCACGGCUUGAUGGUGCAAGAGAGUGAAUUGAUGGUUCCUCAGACUGAAUUGGGAAAAUGUAAGAUC